UGCUUCGACUUCGCGCCCUGCCGCCGCCACGGCUUCAAGGUGUACGUGUACCCGCAGCAGAAGGGCGACAAGAUCGCCGAGAGCUACCAGAACGUGCUGGCCGCCAUCGAGGGCUCGCGCUUCUACACCUCGGACCCCGGGCAGGCGUGCGUCUUCGUGCUCGGCCUCGACACGCUCGACCGCGACCAGCUCUCGCCGCAGUACGUGCACAACCUGCGUGCCAAGGUGCAGGGCCUCCACCUGUGGAACAACGGGAGGAAUCACCUGAUUUUUAACCUGUACUCCGGGACCUGGCCCGACUACACYGAGGACGUGGGCUUCGACAUCGGGCAGGCCAUGCUGGCCAAAGCCAGCAUCAGUACUGAAAACUUCAGGCCCAACUUUGAUGUUUCUAUUCCGCUCUUUUCUAAGGAUCAUCCUAGGACAGGAGGGGAGAAGGGAUUUUUGAGGUUCAACACCAUCCCUCCUCUCAGGAAGUAUAUGUUGGUAUUCAAGGGGAAAAGGUACCUGACAGGGAUAGGGUCAGACACCAGGAAUGCCUUAUAUCACGUCCACAACGGGGAGGAUGUUGUCCUCUUGACCACCUGCAAGCAUGGCAAGGACUGGCAAAAGCACAAGGAUUCGCGCUGCGAUAGAGACAACACCGAAUACGAAAAGUAUGAUUACCGUGAAAUGCUGCACAAUGCCACUUUCUGUCUGGUUCCCCGUGGCCGCCGGCUGGGCUCCUUCAGGUUUCUGGAAGCCUUGCAGGCCGCCUGCGUCCCCGUGAUGCUCAGCAACGGCUGGGAGCUGCCCUUCUCYGAGGUGAUCGACUGGAACCAGGCCGCCGUCAUUGGGGAUGAGAGGUUGUUACUGCAGAUUCCUUCUACAAUCAGGUCUAUCCAUCAGGAUAAAAUCCUAGCACUUAGACAGCAGACACAGUUCUUGUGGGAGGCUUAUUUUUCUUCAGUUGAGAAGAUUGUAUUGACUACACUAGAGAUUAUUCAGGACAGAAUAUUUAAGCACAUAUCACGUAACAGCUUAAUAUGGAACAAACAUCCUGGAGGGUUAUUUGUACUGCCACAGUAUUCCUCAUAUCUGGGAGACUUUCCUUACUACUAUGCUAAUCUCGGUCUGAAGCCUCUUCCCACAUUCACUGCCGUAAUCCAUGCAGUAACUCCCUUGGUUUCCCAAUCUCAGCCUGUGCUGAAACUCCUGGUUGCUGUAGCCAAGUCCCAGUACUGUGCACAGAUUAUUGUUUUAUGGAAUUGUGAUAAACCCCUCCCAGCCAAACACCGCUGGCCUGCCACUUCUGUGCCUGUCAUAGUCAUUGAAGGAGAGAGCAAGGUUAUGAGCAGUCGCUUCCUCCCCUACGACAACAUAGUUACGGAUGCGGUGCUAAGCCUGGAUGAGGACACCGUGCUCUCCACCACCGAGGUGGAUUUUGCCUUUACAGUUUGGCAGAGUUUUCCAGAUAGGAUUGUAGGGUACCCUGCUCGCAGUCACUUCUGGGACAACACUAAGGAGAGAUGGGGCUAUACCUCCAAGUGGACGAAUGACUAUUCCAUGGUAUUGACAGGAGCUGCUAUUUACCACAAAUAUUAUCACUACCUGUACACUCAUUACCUGCCUGCCAGCCUAAAGAAUAUGGUGGACCAACUGGCCAACUGUGAGGACAUUCUAAUGAAUUUUUUGGUGUCAGCUGUGACAAAAUUGCCUCCAAUCAAAGUAACACAGAAAAAGCAGUAUAAGGAGACCAUGAUGGGACAGACCUCGAGGGCUUCGCGCUGGGCCGACCCCGACCACUUCGCGCAGCGGCAGAGCUGCAUGAACACGUUUGCCAGCUGGUUUGGCUACAUGCCGCUGAUCCACUCACAGAUGAGGCUCGACCCUGUCCUCUUCAAAGACCAGGUCUCCAUCCUGAGGAAGAAAUACCGAGACAUCGAACGACUCUGAGGAGCCCCGGCUGAGGGCCCCGGACUGUGGGCCCUGCCCAGCGCACACGCAGCGACACGAGGAGCCAGACUGUAGCGAGGACGGGAGCGUCCCCAAAACGCRGGGGGCUCCCGGGGGGCUCUGCCCUGGACUGCUUCGAGCCGCCUCACCGGCUUCUGCCGCUCGAGACUAGGUUGUGUACAGUUUCAUUAUGGAACAUUAAAUAAUUAUUUUUGAAAUGAUUGCUAUGCA